CAGAUGUAUUGUAGAUGGACAUACAUUAUGGUCUGAUGUCCGCUCCGGUCCGUGUAUCCAUCGAUAUGACGCUCGACCUACGGCCUCGGCAGAAUAUGCAUAAGGACUUCAUCAGAGUAUCUGCUCUUUGCAGUCCCCCUGUUGCCUCCUGUUACCAUUCGAUAGUCUACGGUACAGUCAAAGUUUCCAUCAUUAUGUCUUAUGAUUUCCAGAACCGUAUCGGAAGUAGGCAUGGAGGCGGAGGAGUCGGAAUUCGAUAUCGACUCCAACUAGCCGGAGCAUCUGAAACCAAUGUGGAUCGAAGAGAACGACUCCGUAAACUAGCCCUUGAAACCAUCGAUCUAGCGAAGGACCCGUAUAUCCUCCGAACGCAUUUGGGAACGCUCGAAUGUCGAUUAUGUUUGACGUUGCAUACGAACGAGGGAUCGUAUCUCGCACAUACUCAAGGAAAGAAGCAUCAGACGAACUUGGCUCGACGAGCGGCAAAGGAGAACAAGGAGCAGCAGUUGAUGAUUCAGACUCCGUUCGGAGGCGGACCAGAAGGGAUCAAGAAGAAACAAUUCAUCAAGAUCGGCCGACCUGGAUACAAGGUCACAAAAGUGCGAGACCCACAGACUGCCCGUCUGGGACUCCUCUUCCAGGUUAUGUUACCGGAAAUCAAGGAGGGUGAACGACCGAGGAAGCGGUUCAUGAGCAGUUUUGAGCAGAGGAAGGAGGUGGUGAACAGGAGCAUUCAAUAUCUCUUGGUGGCAGCGGAGCCGUACGAGACGAUUGCGUUUGCCAUCCCAUCGAAAGAGUUGGUUACCGAGGAGGAAGACCCAGAUUCGAUCUGGGAGAACUGGGAUCCCGAUUCCAAGGUGUUUUCGUGUCAGUUCCUGUUCCGAUAAUUUGAGCCUGCAGGACAAGCGGGCAAUACAUGUCACCAGCCGAUGUUGUAUUCAUAAUACCGACAGCUCGAGCAGCUUUCCGCUCACGUUUACCGUUAGCAAAUCCUCUAAUCACGGGACCAGCGCGAAUCUCCAGACUUCUUGGCAAGCAGCGACUUCGAUAUAGGUGAAAGACCAGAUAAGUAUGUCAGCACCUUGAGCAUGCUACCUCGUUCUAUCAUGUCGCAUCUGGAGCCCGAAGGUGACAGGUUUGAGCGAUGAAGAACAAAACUUGCGUCGUGCCGAAACGGCGAUGCCGUUAGGUUGUUUACUUUGUUUGUUACUGUCCUCUCUGCAUGUCCUGCUCGGCGAUAUAUAUAUAUCGAUCGCACUCGACCAUCGCUCUAACACGAUGAUGUCCUC